GAUACGGAGAAUGAAUUUCAAUGUUCCGUAGUAUCCACAAGCGGGAGAGACGAUCGUUUUCGAACAGGGUGUUGGCCCGUCGAUUUCAAGCUUUCGCUUUUCAUCGUACAACCGAGAGUUCGCCGAGAGGCCGAGUUUUACUACGUGCCUGCGGAAGUGUUGCGCGUGUGUACACUCACCGACAAAGCCACGCUGCUGCCCCUCCUUGGUGAAGUACCAAUACGCACGCGGGCAAGAUGGCCGCGUAUACCUUGUGCUCGUCGAUUGGACGCGUCUGUUUUUAUCUGUGCCUCCUUAGAGCGACGGUAUCAUGUCAGGAACAGAUAUCGCCGGGUAGUCGGUAUUACAGUCGCGAUGGUGUGUACGUGCCUCCAAACAGUCCGGAUCGCAGAACCGACACUUAUGUUUACAAAGAUAGGAGGUACGGAUAUCGUCCUAGUUACCUGGACCCUGUUUACAGAGGAGCUACCAAGGCGCCAGACACUCGGUACCUCUACGAAGACACGACCUCGAGACUCCCUCUACCUGGGAUAUUAGGCGGCUGGCGAGAGGAUCUCCAAGGGAGAGAAAGGUCUGACUCAAAAAAUCUAGACAGAGACGUGACCGUGAUCACAGCCUAUGGACAAGUGCAAGGAUUCAAAGUUCACUUGUACGAUGAUCCGCAAGCAAGGCACAGGCCCUGGAGUUUGCCAGUUGAAAGGGUUACCAAGCACGUCAACGUAUUUCUUGGUAUUCCUUAUGCCAUGCCACCGACGAAGGAAGGUAGAUUUAAACCGCCUAGGCCUCACAGAGGUUGGCAGUUGUUGCAAGCUGUUGACUGGGGACCAGCUUGCCCUCAGCCCAGCGCGUACACUGGCGCCACCAAAGGAAUCCGCGACGUGGACGAAGAUUGCUUGUACUUGAACGUUUUUACGCCAGACAUCAGCUUUGGUUUAGCUCAGCCAUACCCAGUGAUGUUCUACAUUCACGGCGGAGAGUUUACCCGUGGGGCUAGCAACUUAUUCCCAGCUCACAUGCUGGCUGCAUUUUACAACGUGGUCGUUGUUUCUAUCAACUACCGGUUAGGAGCUCUAGGAUUUUUAAGUACUGGAGAUGAGAAUAGCCCUGGAAACUAUGGAAUUCUGGAUCAAGCUAUGGCAUUGAGGUGGGUGUACGACAAUAUCAGAGCCUUCAAUGGCAAUCCUGAUGCAAUUACUCUCUUUGGGCCUGGUGCCGGUGCAGCAAGUGCUGGAUUGUUGAUGGUCGCACCUAAAACCAGGCAAAUGGUGUCGAAAGUGAUAGCUCAGUCAGGUUCCGCGUUGGCGGAUUGGGCAGUUAUAGUGGAUAAGUACAGGGCGCAAAAUACGUCCAGAGUAUACGCAGAAUCAUUAGGCUGUAGCAUAGAAAGCAGCUGGAAAUUGGUGCAGUGCUUGAGGAAUGGUAGAUCUUUCUUCGAGCUGGGUAAUUCCGAAUUGAAGCCACAUAUUGGUACGUUCCCUUGGGCUCCUGUGUUGGAUGUUAAUUUUACAGUACCAAGUGACAAUUGGUACGAGGACUGGAGAGCAGCAGAUUGGCGUUUCUUUGCAGAGACACCAGAACAAAGCAUAAAAAGUAAUAAGUUUGUGGACAACUUAGCAUAUAUGGCUGGUGUGACUACUCAGGAAGCUGCAUUCCUUAUAUAUAACAAUGCAACAUUAGCCAGAAAUCAAUAUAUCAUAGAUUCGGAAUUAUUCGACCAAAAAGUCUGGGAACUUGUUCUCCAAUAUAAUUAUACUCUAAAUCCUCAAGGAGUUUACGAGGCUAUAAAGUAUAUGUACACAUACUGGCCAGACCCGAAAAACAUAACUCACAUUCGCGAUCAGUAUAUCAAUCUUUUGUCUGAUUUUCACUAUGUUGCUCCCUUCGACAAAAUAGCAAAAUUAUUGGUAGAGAAACGUGUACCUACAUAUUUGUACGUGCUAAACACAACAGUGGAGGCAUUGAGAUUACCACAGUGGCGAAGUGUUUCUCACAACACUGAACUUCUUUGGUUAACAGGAGCACCUUUCAUGGACAUUGAAUUUUUCCCUCAAAAGUGGAACUUGAAACGAGAUAUGUGGACGGAUAAUGAUCGCAAUAUGAGCCAUUUUUUCAUGAAAGCGUACGCAAAUUUUGCAACGUACGGAAACCCUACACCAUCGCAAAUUUUAGGCUUGCACUUUGAUGUUGCCAAGCCUGGACAGUUGCGGUAUCUAAACAUCAAUACUACUUACAACAGCUCAAUAUUACUGAACUACCGACAAACUGAAAGUGCCUUCUGGUCUAUGUAUUUACCAACCGUUAUUGGUCGUCUGGUACCUACGUAUCCACCAGUUACUGAAUAUUGGUGGGAGCCGAAACAACCCCUGCAAAUUGCUUUCUGGUCGGUUUCUACUGCGUGCCUGUUAUUAAUCGUGCUUUCCGUAGUGUGCUGUAUGCUUUGGCGCAAUGCCAAAAGACAAUCUGACCACUACUAUAGCGGAGACAUCCUCAUGGUGCGAGACGACGAACCCUCGGAGGGAAUCGAGAAUAUGACUCGCGCCUCGAAAGAAAACAUCCACGAGUAUCGUGACACACCACCGGUCAGAUCUAGAAUACCACGGCAGAAUGAAGCGAAGCUUCAGGAACGAUUGGCGCAUAAUCGCAAAUUUAGCUCUACCCCGUCGCUGAGGAGCAACUCCAACAUCUCGCUGAAAGAUAUGCGUACGGAAGGAUUUGUUACCAGUUCACCAAAUGGACAACCUAGAUUAAGCAAAGCUAUGAGCCAGUCUUCAAUAGCCAAAACUAAAAGCAAGACGCAUUUAGUUCAAGGUGUCCCACAAACAGCUGUAUAAUAUCUUUCUUUUUUUUCUUCUUAAAGUAUUAUUUGUUUUCUA